AUUCGCCGCCAUCGCGUUCAAGAUUCAAAAUGGCGUAUUAGCAAAACGAUUAUAGAUUUUGUUACGUUUCUUUACUAAUCGGAUUACGUAUUGGUUUUAAAAUGAACGAGCUGACUGUUGAAACACCAGAAAAUGAAUCUAUUACAUUGGAAAUAGUGUCUCCUGAAGAAUACCCAAACAUUUCAGAAUCAACUACAUCUCAAAAAACUCACUUUCAAGUUAAUCGUAAACAAAAAAAGGAUCAACAGCUCUUGGAUAAACCACCUUUCAACUGCAUCAUAUGUUCUGAUACGAUGAAAAGUCUCGCAGAUUUAUUAGCACAUUACAAAUCUCGUCAUGUGGAAAAAGUUAUAAAAAAGGCGGGAAAAAACCCCCUAGAUUCUCAACAAUGUAAUGCUAUUGUCUGUUCUCAGUGUGAUAAGACUUGCUAUCUAAGUGACAAUCCUCAACUGGCAGUAUCGACAAGAUUACGCUACUGCGUUCAGAACAUAGUCAACCAUUACAUAAAUACUCAUAAAAUACAAAAACCAUCAUACGUAAACCAAUAUAAAUGCGAUCUGUGUUCGUUUACAUCUAUUUAUAAAUCUAUCUUAAAAAAUCAUUUGAAAUUUGUGCACAAAAUUGUUGAAGAGCAAGGAAGAAAGAGUAUAAAGCAAGAAAAUAAUCUGGAGAAAGGAACUGCGUCUGUAAUAUCUCCAAAAUCUAAUCAACUUUUUCUAAAUAAGGACAACAUUAUAUGUAUAUUUUGCCAUUCCGUACAAAAUUCGUUAAACGACUACCUAAUCCACAUAUCAAGUAGUCAUAUUACGCAAGUCGAACUUCAAGAAGGAGAUGGGGCAAGUCAAAACUUUCCAGCAUAUAUAUGCCAUCAGCCUGAUUGCAGUUUCGUAACAGUGUUGGAUAUGGAAUCAGAUUCAAUAAUGUUAGGUUUACACUCUUUCUACGUUCAUUUAAAUAUGGAGCAUACUAUUGAUGUUUCGAACAUAUGUAUAGAAUAUUAUUGUUCAUUUUGCCCAUUUAAAAGCUGCUGUCAACUAAUAGUUGACGAACACGAAAUAGAAGAACAUUGUCAAUCCGUUCCGGAUGUGGAAUAUUCAACAAUUUCAUUAUUUAAGGAAUCAGUCUCAUUUAGUUGUUUUAUUUGCUCUGGUAAAAUGGAGAAUUCUGAAAAAUUAAUGGAUCAUAUAAGUAAUUGUCAUAUUAAAGGCGUUGUUAAACACUUUAAGGAUAAUAUCUGCUCAGAGAUUGUUAAGGAUUCUUGCUUCUUUAAAUGCAGUUUUUGUUCCUAUUCAACAUGCUUGGAUUCAAAUAAAGGAGAGCAAAUAAUUAAAAUUCUAACCCAUCUUGUUCAAACUCACGAUUUUGAUUUACCAGAAUAUUUUAAACGUUACAAUUGUUCCCAUUGCCAGUACUCUACCUUCUCCGAACGACAUUUAACAAAACAUUAUUCGAAGGUACAUAAAACAAUUAGAAAAUCAGAAGCCGAAGACGGAUGCGAAUUUAAACAAGUACGAAAUCAUUUUCAAGAUGUUGAUGUCUAUAAUUGUUUCCUUUGCGAUUCGGAAUUUCCAUCCGAUCAGCAAUUGGUAAAACAUUUUACGGUGGAACAUUUAAAAAUGGGUAAAAAUAUUUUGGGUAGGAAGAAACGAGUCAAAGAUCUCGAAAGUAGCGGAUCACUAAAAUAUUUCGAAUGUGCCGUUUCGUCAUGUGAAUACAAGUUUGUUGUUAAAUCGAAAUCGGUUGAAAGUUGCGGAAAAUGUGGUAAAACCUUAUCGUCUGCGAGCCUACAGCGUCACGAAAAAGUUUGUAGGACCGAUGUUAAAACGGACUCCUAUUGCGAAACAUAUUAUUACAAAUUGGAACAAUAUGAAAAUCAUAUGUUUGUCAAACACAAGCAAAAUAUAUCAAAUCGAACAAUUUAUCAGUGUAGUAGUUGUUCAUACUCUUGCCUCUCUAGAUCGAGAAUGAACAAUCAUACUAAAACUCAUCUUGGAACUCAGCAAUUUCGUUGUCGAAUUUGUCGUAAAGGAUUUCCCACCGCUGCUAGAUUGAAAAUUCAUGAGCUAACUCAUUCAGAAGUUGCUAAAGGCGUUUUCGAAUGUAAAUUCUGUAAAUUUAACUCAGCUAUUAGACAUUAUGUUUAUAGACAUAUAGCCACCCUUCAUCCUCAUUAUAAACUAAUCUGCAAACAUUGCUCCUUUGCAACUCCAAGUAGGGAGGCCAUUAAGAUACAUUUAAAUCGAAAUCAUGGGGUUCGAAUUGAGAUACCAAAUAUGAAACCGGAAAAUGAACUUGACGUUGUCCAAUUACCAAUAGAUUUCCCAAUUCCUGAAGCAGAUUUACAACACUUUACAGAAACUCAUCAUUUUACACCAGAGAUUCUCGGCUCUGAUAAACAAAUCGAUUAUACUGACGGCGAAGAAAAUGUCAUUUUAUACGCAUUAGACGAAACCAAAGAGAAAGAAUUUGUUGAAGUAAUGACCGAAGACCUACCGAAGGCGGAAUCGGAUGUUCAACAAUAUUAG